AAGCAUCCAAGAUCCUUCUCGAUCUCCUCUUCCCCUUCCCAUUCCCCACCCACGGCUAGGUUGCAAACCCUAGCUCCUCGCUGAUGUGAGCCUCCCGGAGAUUCCCAAUCCAGCUGCCAACCCACUCCGGCGUCCGACUCCGUCCCCGGUCCUCCUCCUCCUCUCCCCCUCUCGCACAAGGUGCUGAAGACUCGUCCGCGGAAGCAGAUGGCACAAAAUUGCUACUUUGCCUCAUAGAAAUCUGUUUUCCUUAAGUUCAUGUGAGCUUGGCAAUGGAGUUAAUUUUGAUCUGGUAUACAAGCAACAAACAACAAAUGUCCAGUAAUUUUCCGUCUGCCCUCUUCAUCUAAACAGAAAUGAAAAUGACUUUGCACGAUGGAGGCUGCGCGGUACGGACCUUGGUCAGAUCUUCCGCCGGAACUCCUGGGCCUUGUCCUCAAGCGCCUCCCUUCGCUAGCUGACCGUGUUCGUCUGAGAGCAGUCUGUCACCCAUGGCGCUCUAAUGGUCUGCUGCAACAGCUUCCCGUCCCAUUCCCGUGGCUCACCCUUCCUGAUGGUACCUUCUUCAGCAUCCCAGGAGGCGAGGUUCACCGCAUGCCUAUACCAGAUGGUGCUAGUUGCUGUGGCUCCAUCGACAACUGGUUAUUCCUCAUGGGCAGUGAUGACACAUGCACGUUGAUGAACCCUUUCUCCAAGACCACGUUUGAGCUUCCUGAUCUGGUCACAGUUUGGCGGCAUGAGGCGCAUUAUGAAUCUGAUCAUAAGCAACUUUUGUACAAGUUGGUCACACCCUCGCCCCUGGACAUAUCACCUGAUUCCCUCAUUGCGGCAUUGAUCAAGGAUGGUGGCAAUGGUACACUUUGCAUUAGCCAGCCACCGAUUGCCCCUUACUUGGUACAGGGCAAUAGGAAGCCAUUGCAGCACCUAUUUGAUGUUGCGUUCUUUGAUGGAAAGUUGUACGCGGUGUCUGUCUUUGGCAAGCUGUUCACCCUUAAGUUUUGCAACAACCUUGGUAGUAUGCCAAAGAUCAAAUGCGUAAUUGAGUCUUUGGGUGAUUGUCGUGGAGGACCAGAAUGCAUUCCCAGAGAGGAAGUGUGUACAUACAGGUUAUAUCUAGUUGAAUGUGGUGGUAGACUGUUGAUGGUUAAACGAUUUAUUCGUCGCGUAGGACCUAUCUCUAGGGAUGAUGUGUUUGAAAAUAUGCAGACUGGUGGGUUUGUUGUCCUUGAGGCAGACUUGCACUCCAACCCGUGCCGAUGGAGAAGGAUCUGUGAGUUGGGUGGCCAUGCUCUCUUUAUUGGCCAGCAUGGCUCCAAGUCUAUGCCUGCUAAAGAAUGCAGCGGAUCUGAAGAAGACUGCAUCUACUUCAUUUGUGACUAUCCCCAUCCAAAGUAUUUUUCGAGCCCAUUUCGCGACUCUGGUGUGUACAACAUGCGAAAUGAGAGGAUCACGCCAUUGAUGUCUCAGACGGCAGCACCGGCACAUGAUGCUGGCCAGUGGCGCCCGGCAUGGUUUUUCCCUCCUGAAGCUGUGUGAUAAAUCCAGGGUUUGCUUUACUCAAGCUUUAUGUUCAGAGGAGUGUGCAGAUUCUGCUGAAGCUGUGCGAUCAACCAACCCAGCCUGGGCGCUGCCCAUCUUUAUUGAUAUGUUAUCGUGCAACUUAAGUUAUUAGUUAGUAGUAUGUUGAUCAACCAGCCUGGUUCUGGUUAUCCUUAUCCUAGUGCUAUGGUAUGUACUCCGUCCGUUCGGAAUUACUUGUCGCAGAAAUGGAUGUAUCUAGACGUAUUUUAGUUCUAGAUACAUCCAUUUCCAAGACAAGUAAUUCCGAACGGAGGGAGUACCAUCUUGUCGUGAACUUUUAAUUAGUACAGUAUGAUGUUGCAUGCUUCAGAUCUUAUGAAUGUUCUAAAAUUCUUAAUGGGAUGUAUUCGGAUGUGCAA